CUGUAUUAUUUGGAUAUUUAUCAGAGAUUAUUUUGUUGUAUAAUAGUCAUUUUACAGCUUGGAUUGAUAGCUUGUGUCGUUAACCAGCCGAAGCUGAGCGCCUUCAUAUUCCGCAACUAUAGCUAUCCGUCACACAAGGCUUCCGCGUUUCCAGGAGGUUGCGACUUUCAUUUAUGGGAAGCGCUGAAAGCAAGUGCCGCUGCCCCAGGAUAUUUCCAAGAUCACAAGGUCAACGGUUAUAUUUUACAGGAUGGUGGCAUAAUCGCUAACAAUCCCACUGCCAUUGGGAUCCAUGAGUCUCGCGCCCUGUGGUCAUUGGAUGUGCCUUUUCAAUGCGUCGUCUCCAUUGGUAAUGGUACAUUCGCGCCGGUACAAACUCCAAAGGAGGCAGAGAAUUUUACAUUUCGCGAUAAAGUUAUAAAGAUAAUCGACAGUGCUACGGAAACGGAAAAUGUGCAUACCGUCCUUUCUGAUCUGCUGCCGGCAAGUCGUUAUUAUCGAUUGAAUCCAUAUAUGUCUGUACCAUAUUCUCUGGAUGACUGCAGCGAUGAAUUACUGAAAAAUAUGCAGCAAGAUGCGCUUUGCUACAUUGAAAAAAAUAUGGUAAAAUUGAACUCUCUUGCUAAAAAAUUAGAAUAUCCAACAAAUGAUUUAAUUCAAAACAGUCAUUCAUGUCUUAGAGAUAAGGAUUAA